CCCUAUUCUUGGUCUCGUCAGGCUUGUGCAGCACCUUGACGAUGACAGGGGCGGCGGUCUCAAUAUUGGUGGUGGACCACGGCUUGUUUCCUGAGUCGUAGAUGACGACGCUCUUCUUCUUCAGGUCGUAAUCGAGCCAGGCCAAAGUGCCAUUGAAGCUAUCCGUACUUGGACUCAAUGCGUACAUGUUGGACUCGCUGAUAUGCGGCUUACCUCUACGGUAGUACAGAUGGAUGCCUAAUCACAUGCAGGAGGCUCGAGGACGAGGUGCUGACUGCUGAUUCCUGACACCCUCACGGAUCAUUUUCGUACAUGGAUGGAAUUAUCCCCUGCGAGAUAGCUCGCUUUGUGCGCAAGGAGCUUGAGGGCAAGGAGCGGCUAAGUUGUCCUCCUUGACCGUGCCAUUGGAUGCCAUCGCUUAAAACAUGCGUCCCAUGCCCAGGGACUUACUUGCUUCUAAAUCAUAACUCGGUCUUCUCAAACUCCUACCGACAUUCUCAUAGCGUCCCCAGUGCCCCAAGCCCCCAACUGAACGGAAAGACAUCUGGGCGGAUCUCCGCAACGCUGCGGACGGAACAGAAGAGGCACGGGCGUGUGAUGCGCCUGGGACCCGAUGCCGUUUGUAUCUACGAGGCCGAGGCGUUGUGGCACAUGAAUGCAGCCCGCUCGACGUACACGCGUGGCCCUUGGUACUCGGCCCUCCGCUUCGACCCCCGCGGCGACUCUGUCUUCUCCGAAUGCGACACGGCCAAGCAUGACCGGCGAAGGGCCAAGUUAGCCGUCGGCUACGCAGGCAAGGGCUUGCUCGACCUGGAGAACAAGAUCGACGCGGGCCUCGCCGAUCUCGUGCAGCAUCUACGCGCCCGCGUCGUCCGUGGCGAGGCGACGAUGAACAUUGGUGGCCGCCUUUUGCAGUUCUUCCAGGUCGACUUGAUUUCCACGUGCGGCUUCGGCAAGGCAUGGGGUGACCUGGCUGACGAGACGGACCACUUCAACUAUCUCAAAGAGGGAGACGCAUCGUUGGCCUUCUUGCAUACCGUCUCCUUGUCUCCCGUUACGAGGAUCAUCUUUAGCUCGCCCUUCUUUCUGAAGCUUUUCGGCCCCAAGAGAACGGACAAUGAUGGCUUCGGUAAAUCACUAGGAUUCAUAGAGGCAGUCGCGUCAGAACGGUUCCGAGAAAAGGAAGAGAGCAAAGGCCAAGCAGACGACAUCCUGGGCAGUUGGAUCAAGCAGGGCCUAUCGUCUGAGGAAUGCCAGCUUGAUCUGGCCGCGCAAAUGGCCGCUGGGACCGAGACGUCCAUCACGAUUGUUCGAGGCAUCCUGCUCCUCCUCGUGACGUCGCCCACCAUCUACAUGAAGGCAAAGCAGGAGAUCGCGACGGCGGUCCGUGACGGGCACGUCUCGAGUCCCGUCACAAACGCCGAAGCUACAAAGCUUCCGUACAUGCAAGCCUUGCUCUGGGAGGGAACUCGCAUGAUGCCUCCACUCACCCUCGGCUUCCCCAAGCGGGUGCCAGCGGGCGGCGAUACCGUCUGCGACACGUUUCUCCCCGCCGGCACCGACGUCUAUCAGAACUUUGGGGCCAUGCUUCGGAAUCCCGACGUCUUCGGCGACGACGUGGAUGUCUUCCGCCCCGAACGUUUCCUCGCGCUUGGCGACCCUGACGCCGUGGCGCGCAUGCGCAAGACCGUCGACCUGUGCUUUGGUCAUGGUCGCUUCAGCUGUCUAGGCAAGACGCUUGCUCAGAUGGAGUUGAAUAAAAUCUUCGUCCAGCUUCUGCGAAAUUUUGAUUUCCAACUCGCUGAUCCUGAGAAACCUUGGACAAAGGCAAGCUAUUCGACCUUCAUGAUCAAUGACUUUUAUAUGCGAGUCAUGGAGGCGAGACUGGAGUAG